GCAACGCAGUUCACUGUCUAUCCAGCCCACGCAGCAGCGCCGCGAGAGAGAGCGACUCCAUGUCCAAGUUCCCGCUUCCACCCAACUUCUUUCGGUGCCCAGCCCUCAACGUCGACGAGACGGUGCGGCUGCUGACGAAUGCGGACGACAUCUCCGUGGACUUGGUGCGGUAUUCACGGGUCACGGGUGGUCCAGUGAAGUGGACGUUGAAGUCGGACGAAUCGAGUAUUCAAAUCUACAAGGGAGAGGACCCGGACGCACCUCCCGGUGUCUUAUCGUGGCUAGGGGUGACCGAAGUGAUGGCAACGAUCGAAGAAGUGGUGUCGCUGUUUCGCUCGGAAUCCAAUGACGAGUUCAAGGAGUACUGCAGAAUGUUUAUGAAGGAUGUGUUGGACGGACAGGUUCUGUACAACUUGCGUCGGCGGACGGCCGAGAACCCGCAUCACUCCGUCGCAAUCAGAUGGUUCGCCCUCGAGAGUCCCAUCCCCGGGAUCGCCAAGUCCCGCGACUGGUGCUUCCUCGAGGUAUGCCAUGCCAUCACACAUAUCGUCUUCUUCAUCAUGCUGGCCUGUCGUAGACCCAGCACGACUUUGAACUCGACGGCAAGCAAGGGUGGACGCGCGCCUUCAAAUCGGUCAGUUUGUCGUGUUGUCCCGACCUCCAAAACUCGCUGGGCCUUGUGCGCGGUAUCCACCACCGGUCGGGGUACUGUUUCUUGCAGUCCAAUCGGCCAGGGUACCUUCAAGUGACGCAGCUGAUCCAGGCCGAUCUCCGGGGCAAGUUGCCCGACGUGUGGGUAGACUUGGGCAUGAAACGACGGUGUCGCACAAUGAAAGGCAUGGACUCGUUUCUGCGACAGAAGCGGCUUUCCCAAGGAACGUUCCUCCACGACGCCGAGCUCGUACCCAAGGACAGCCGCAGCAAGUGCUUUGUGUGCCAGCGCAAGUUUGGCCCGUUGUCCAAGAAGGGUCAGUGCCGCAAGUGCGGCGAAGUUGUGUGUCGGCGGUGCAGCCAGAUUUGGGACGUGCGCAUUGCCAACAACGCCGUCAAGCGGCGGGUGUGCACGGCCUGCUCCUGCGAUACAGUGGACCCCCCCGCCGACGCCAACACGAUCGUCGACGACCCCGACGACCCAGAUGACUCGCAGCAAGACGAAACCCCUCGCCAGGUGCUCCGCCAGCACCCCGUGGCCGCGUCCUCCCCCGUGUACUCGCCUUCGUAUAAACCCGACGACACCGCCCUCACGCGCCAAUUGUCGGGGCUGAGCAUCACAGGCGAAUCGACGCCAACGUCGUCGCAGCCCCACGCGGCAAAGGUCGGCGCGUCCGUCCACGUGUUGAACCAGACAACGCCGACGCACCACGCCGACCCGUUUGGUGGACACCAGACGCCCGUGGCGCUCCAACGGCACCCGCAGCACCAUCGGUUGCCGCCGGCGUCGACUAUGAUCACGCUUCGAAAGGAAGACCUCGUACGCCCCCCCCCUCCCCGACCAGACUCGUAUGCUGGGUUGCCAGAACCAGUGGUGCCUCGACCAUACAUGGAUCAUCACCAUCCUUCCCGAGGCGGACGAGGAGGGGGAGGACCUGCUGGGGGGUGGGACGACGACCUGCAGUCUGUAUUCAAAGAUGACAUGUCCAACUACUCCGAGUCGCUUGUGAGUUUUCACCAAAGUAGUGUCCAUGCCAAACGCGGACUUGCUUCCAAACUGCCGCAUCAUCAUUCUCAACACCAACAGCAGCAACAGCAGUCCCCAUAUCACCACCAGCAGCAGCAGUCCCCAUAUCAGUCCCCAUAUCACCACCACCAGCAGCAAUCCCCUUAUCAGCAACAAGGCUACGACCCAUCGCUGGCGUACCAGCCGUCCCCAACCAUAGACCGGUAUGGUGGGGGACCGCAGCUUGUCAACCCGUACGAGUAUAUCGACCCUUAUGAUCGCGAUCCGCGAAUGUACUCGCCGGGCAGCGCCUUGCAUGCUUCUCGUGGAGAUAAGUAUGCAAACUCGUACGGGGGGACGACGUCGUCCCAGCAAUAUCCCAUGUACGCGCACGACAGAAGACCCCCGUACCAGCACCAGCACCAACCUCCUCCCCGGCAUCACCACCACCACAUAUACCAUCCCAAUCACCAGCAUCCCCACCAGUACGCACCUGCUCCGUUGCUCGACCCUCGCCGCGCCCCGCCGUCGUCGUCUUCUCACGAGUCGCCUCCAUAUACUUAUCCCCCACAAGCCAGCCAGUCCUACUUGGACGACCCAAGGGUGGACCACCCCCAGUACGGAUACAUGCAGCGCCAACAUCAAUUCCUCCAAGAUGCCGACGGAAGCAGCGUAUAUAGCCACGACGACGGCGCCACGAACCUCCACCACAACAGCAACAACCUGUAUUCUACCUUGUAUUCGUACCAACCUCGAGAGGAACCCCCACCGGCGCCCCGACAAGCCUCGAGGACUUCGGAGCGCAACGACUUGAUCUUGGCACAGUCUUCCACGUCGUCGUCGUCCCCGUCGGUCGUGCUGCAGACAGUGUUCAACCGUCAAGAUUGAGUUUAUUUGUCGAGAUUAUUGUGAUUGGCCUGCGGCUUCGAGAAUAUUAUCCAAUCAUGUUCGAGUAUCCAACCCAAGAGCGUCUGUGUAUCACAUUCGAAAGUACUGUAGUUUUUCCGUGCGUUUUUUUCACGGUAUAUUUGUGUUCGAACAAGCUUGAAUAAUAGAACUAUUGCCAGU